CACGUGUAAUAAUAUGUGGUAAACAAAAAUGUGAGAUUCGGAGAGGAUAAGGAAGAGUUGAAACCCUUUCCACCACGGUUUCAGUUCACCAAAGGAACAACCAAAUUCCAAUCUUCAUCAACCAUCACCAUUUCAAAUGAAUAUUCACACACACAUUUCAAUACCAAGUUUUACAUCUCAUCAUUUCACUUCAAGAAAUUACAAAUUUGUCUGUUCCAAAAGAGACGAAUCUCCAAGAAACGGUGAUAACAAGGGUGAUAAAUCUUCAACGGAUUGGGACAAGGCAUGGUCAAAGUUCAAGAAGCAAGGGAAGAAAACUCUAUUCUCAAAUUUUUCUGCUGAUAAGUAUGUGAGUUGGAAUCCUAGGCGUUCGGAUUUUCCACUUUCUGAGGAGGUUGAUCCUAUAAAGAAAACUGAGAGAUCAAACCUCAAGUUCUGGAAUAGUCCUACUUUUUCUCUAGGUGGUGCACUUAUUAUUCUCAUUUUUCUUUUGUUGUACACCCUUCAAGCACCAAUCAACAAGUGAUUCAAAGUAUUUAACAUGGUCUAUAGUAACAUUUUACCUUGAACAUGGAAAUCAAUUAUAUUUAAUAAAUUCUUCACUUCUUCAA